CCUUCAAGAUUUGAGCAUCUUUUGAAUCUAUCCUCCAAGUAUUCAGGAACAUAUUGUGAACCUACCAGGGAAGAUCGUGUCUAGAGGGUGUUUCCUCUGCAGGAGACUUUGAGGCUGUCAGGACGCUUUGGAGUGGUUAUUCCUGCAAGUUUCCUUCCCAGGAGCUUCCCGCAGGUGGGCUGCAGAGACUACGCAUCGUAGCCUGUUGAACUCUUCUCAGCAACAGACGCGGAGACAGGAUAAAUUAGGUGGAAGAUUCUGCCAAGCUCAAGGAUGGAGGUGCAGUUAGGGCUGGGGAGGGUCUACCCCCGGCCGCCUUCCAAGACCUUUCGAGGUGCUUUCCAGAACCUGUUCCAAAGUGUACGCGAAGUGAUCCAGAACCCAGGUCCCCGACACCCUGAGGCCGCGAGCGCAGCACCUCCCGGCGCCCGUUUGCAGCAGCAGCAGCUGCAGCAGCAGGAGACCAGUCCCCGGCGGCAGCAGCAGCAGCAGCAGCAGCAGCAGCCGAGUGAGGAUGGCUCUCCCCAAGUCCAGAGCAGAGGCCCCACAGGCUACCUGGCCCUGGACGAGAAACAGCAGCCUUCACAACAGCAAUCAGCCCCUGAGUGCCACCCGGAGAGCGGCUGCACCCCAAAGCAGGGAGCUGCUUCGGCCGCCAGCAAGGGGCUGCAACAGCAGCCGCCGGCACCUCCGGACGAGGAUGACUCAGCUGCCCCAUCCACGCUGUCCCUGCUGGGCCCCACUUUCCCGGGCUUAAGCAGCUGCUCCACCGAUCUUAAAGACAUCUUGAGCGAAGCCGGCACCAUGCAACUUCUUCAGCAGCAGCAGCAGCAACAGCAGCAGCAGCAGCAGGAGGCAGUAUCCGAAGGCAACAGCAGCGGGAGAGCGAGGGAGGCCACUGGGGCUCCCAUCUCCUCCAAGGACAGUUACCUAGGGGGCAGUUCGACCAUCUCGGACAGCGCCAAGGAGUUGUGUAAGGCAGUGUCGGUGUCCAUGGGAUUGGGUGUGGAGGCAUUGGAGCAUCUCAGUCCUGGAGAACAGCUUCGGGGGGAUUGCAUGUACGCCCCACUCCUGACAGGUCCACCAUCUGUGCGUCCCACUCCUUGCGCCCCGUUGGCCGAAUGCAAAGGUUCUCUGCUGGAUGAUGGUCCGGGCAAAAGCAACGAAGAGACUGCUGAGUAUUCCCCUUUCAAGGCAGGUUACACCAAAGGGCUGGACAGUGAGAGCUUGGGCUGCUCUAGCGGCGGCGAAGCAGGAGGCUCUGGAACACUUGAGCUGCCAUCCGCCCUGUCUCUUUACAAGUCUGGAGCACUGGACGAUGUAGCAGCCUAUCCGAGUCGCGACUACUACAACUUUCCUCUAGCCCUGGCCGGGCCGCCGCCCCCUCCGCCGCCUCCCCAUCCUCAUGCUCGAAUCAAGCUGGAGAACCCACUGGACUAUGGCAGUGCCUGGGCGGCCGCGGCGGCGCAAUGCCGCUAUGGGGACCUGGCAAGCCUGCACGGCGGGGGUGCCUCAGGACCGGGCUCAGGCUCACCCUCAGCCACCUCCUCCUCUUCCUGGCACACUCUCUUCACAGCCGAAGAAAGCCAGUUGUAUGGGCCCUGUGGCGGAGGUGGGGGAGGCAGCGCAGGCGAGGCAGGGGCUGUAGCACCAUACGGCUACACUCGGCCACCUCAGGGGCUGGCUGGCCAAGAAGGCGACUUGGCGAUACCCGAUAUCUGGUAUCCUGGCGGCGUGGUGAGCAGAGUGCCCUAUCCAAGUCCCAGUUGUGUCAAAAGCGAGAUGGGCCCCUGGAUGGAGAGCUAUUCUGGACCUUAUGGGGACAUGCGUUUGGAACCUACCAGGGACCAUGUUCUCCCCAUCGACUAUUACUUUCCACCCCAGAAGACCUGCCUGAUUUGUGGAGAUGAAGCUUCUGGCUGUCACUAUGGAGCUCUCACUUGUGGAAGCUGUAAAGUCUUCUUUAAAAGAGCUGCUGAAGGGAAACAGAAGUACCUGUGUGCCAGCAGAAAUGAUUGCACCAUUGAUAAAUUCCGAAGGAAAAAUUGUCCAUCUUGUCGCCUCCGGAAAUGCUAUGAAGCAGGGAUGACACUGGGAGCUCGGAAACUGAAGAAACUUGGUAAUCUGAAACUACAAGAGGAAGGGGAGGCUUCCAGUGCCACCAGCCCCACUGAGGAGCCAGCCCAGAAGCUGACAGUGUCACAUAUUGAAGGCUAUGAGUGUCAGCCCAUCUUUCUGAAUGUCCUAGAAGCCAUUGAGCCAGGCGUAGUGUGUGCCGGACAUGACAACAACCAGCCUGACUCCUUUGCGGCCUUGCUUUCUAGCCUCAAUGAACUAGGCGAAAGACAGCUUGUACAUGUGGUCAAGUGGGCCAAGGCUUUGCCUGGUUUCCGAAACUUGCAUGUGGAUGACCAGAUGGCAGUCAUUCAGUAUUCCUGGAUGGGGCUUAUGGUGUUUGCCAUGGGCUGGCGGUCCUUCACCAAUGUCAACUCCAGGAUGCUCUACUUCGCUCCGGACCUGGUUUUCAAUGAGUACCGCAUGCAUAAGUCCCGAAUGUACAGCCAGUGUGUCCGGAUGAGGCAUCUCUCUCAAGAAUUUGGAUGGCUCCAAAUCACCCCCCAGGAAUUUUUGUGCAUGAAGGCACUGCUGCUCUUCAGCAUUAUUCCAGUGGAUGGGCUGAAAAAUCAAAAAUUCUUUGAUGAACUUCGAAUGAACUACAUCAAGGAACUUGAUCGUAUCAUUGCAUGCAAGAGAAAAAAUCCCACAUCCUGUUCAAGGCGCUUCUACCAGCUCACCAAGCUCCUGGACUCUGUGCAGCCUAUUGCACGAGAACUGCAUCAGUUCACUUUUGACCUGCUAAUCAAGUCCCAUAUGGUGAGCGUGGACUUUCCAGAAAUGAUGGCAGAGAUCAUCUCUGUGCAAGUGCCCAAGAUUCUUUCCGGGAAAGUCAAGCCCAUCUAUUUUCACACACAGUGAAACUUUGGAGGCCCCCAUUUUCUCACCCUACCCCACUCCCUUUUUUCAAAUAUCUUCUGCCUGUUUUAAUUCUGCACUACUUCUCUGCUGUGCCUUGGAGAAUUUCCUCUAUUGAUGUACACAGUCUGUCAUGAAGAUGUUCCUGAGUUGUUUUUGCUGGGCUUUUUUCCCUUUUCCUCCUUUCUUUUCUUUCCCUCCCUCCCAUGGCACUUUCUGACUCUACUUCUGCUGUGGCUCUUAUCUGUGUUUUGAAUGCCAUUGUAUUUCUUCAAAUCUAUGAUGAUCCUCAUGUGGCACAGUGUCAAGUUGUGCUUGUUUAUAGCACUGUGCUGUGUGCCAGCUACACAAACGUUUACUCACCUAAUGCCACGUGAAGUUUAGAGAGCUAAGAGUAUCUGGGAAAACAAAAGGCAAACAAACAAAAACAAAAGCAAAACUUACUAGGAUUUUUCGCUCUUAAAAAAUAUGAAAACAAACAAAUUCCCAAAGAGGCCAACAAUAACUAGAAUAAGGUGAAAAUUGCAAGCCCAUAGGGAGUCAUUGCUUUUUUUCCCCAAACCCUCUCUGCCUGGGAGACUUUAUUUUCUGCCAAUGGCUAUUGCCAUUAGAGGGCAGGGUGACCCCAGGGCUGGUGGGAGGGGGGAGCAGAUUUAAGAGAGGACAGAGAGGACAGAUGGAUCACCAGUACCUGCCCACAGCCUUGGCCCCUGAGGGCUAGACUUCUCAACUGCAGUACAAUUUAUGGCACUGAAAAAUGUGCUUCUUGUUAGAAAACUUGUCUGUAUGUGAAUGCCUCCCCCCACCAGUCUCAUUUCUCUCUUAUCCUCUGCCUCCACCCUCAAACUGACUUUCAAUAGCCUUUCUAAGAGCUUUGAACUGAAUGUUCUCUUUAGCCAAAACUUGGCCACUUCCACUGUAGAAUCAGACCAGCGAGAAGGAGAGGAGAUAUCUGACCUUUUGGAACGCCCCAUUAUGAUCCAGGUCUGCUUUCCCAUUUAUGGCUCAGGGAGGAGCUUGGGGCUGGAGGCAAAGGAAAAGGAAGUGGUGGCUUGACUGUUCUCCUGCUUAGGGCACUGAAGAUUUGAUCCCUUUUUGCCUCUACUUUUAAAAGAACUGAAUGUUCUCUGACUGACCCCAUGCAGCUGCAAGCACCAUCCACCCACCCUUCAGGGUUUUGUGGGCCUGAACUUCACCAGACUGUAUUACAGCCACAGUGGUGAAGCUUGUCUACUUCUUUGGGCAUGUUCACAGACUCUCUGCUAAGAACCCCCACCACCAAGAAAACUAGCAAGCCAGCAUCUUAACAUCUACACCUAGAUGCCAGUAGGCUCAAAGACUUGUUACCAAAUGUCUGUCAUCAACUAUGAGAUUUUUGGAUCUCUUAGACAAACUGGAAAAAAGGUAUCAAUGGGAUUGGACAAGCUGUGCAUCUUGCCCUCAUCCCCUAGAGAUAACACCUUCCCACCAAAUGGAUAAAUGCCUACUUCCUCCUUCAGAGCAACUAAAGGGGUCACACAGAUCAGGGUUGAAAAUAAAAUUCAAUUGCCAAGGUGGGAAGAAUGAAGACACUAAAACUAGAAACCCUGUAAAUGCUCUCCUUGCCACCCAGCAUAUCCACCUUCAAAAGUCAUGGGAAGAAGAGAGAAGAAAUCAAGAGGAGACUGACUACUAAAUUAAAAGUCUUCAGAAGCAAAAUCUAAAACCAGAUGGACACCAUCUGGUGAUUUUGCUCAUCGUCCUCCUCUGCUGCUGAUUCUGGGCUCUGACAUUGGCCAUACUCAGACACCCCACCUUUAUUGCUGCCUCUCAGUCAGAGGAAACUGAAACAUUGAGACUACAAAACCAUGGCCUCCUUUGGAAAGGUCUGGUUGAUAUGGCUCCUUAUGGGCUGCCACCUAGGAACUCGAGGUGUGUUCCUGGGAUACUGGUUUUGUACAGUCCUUUGGCACACCUCUGUUCUGUUGACUUUGUCCCCUAAUCGUAAGUACAGGGGAAUAUCCACCUACGUUCUCAUCUUGGCCACUGCCUCCUCACUAAGCUCUUCAAUUCAUCUGAUAAACUGAAGAAAUUAGGGGCCAGUCACCAAGCUGCCCAUUUCAGUUGGUUCAUUCAACUUGUUGAGAAGAUAGUUUUUAAGUGACAUGAUAUGAUCUACAUGACUUUCCUCCUCUGAUUUCUGUUGAUAUUAAUAGCCAAAUGAACUUGCAAAACAGCUUCUUUAAAUAACAAGGGAUAGGGGAACCUAAGAUGGGUGAUAUACCAUUCUAUGACUGCUGCACAAAGCUAAAGCCAACAGGUUCUCUUACUGGGGUAGGAUAGACAAAUUCUGGUUGAUAUUUGUUUCGACACUAUUUGUUUUAUGUAAGCUCACAGGAUCACUUUUAGCUGUUUUAAAAAGAAAAAAAAAUCAACCACUCUUUUCAUUUAAACUAGAUUACCUUUCAGUAGUUCCUUUACAUCUGUUUUGAAAUUAUUUUCAUCUUUUGUGGCAUGUGUAUUCAAUUUUAUCAUUCUAAUACUUCUUGUAAAUACUAUAUGCUCUCCUUUUCAUUUCUGGGGCUAUCAAAAUUUUCAUCUUUACGGAUUUCCCAAUUGUGACUCUUGUCUUUAUGAAUAUAUGUUUUGUAAUUGCUAAAGCCAAAAAUCAAUGAAACAGCAGUGUAAGUAAUUAAAAGCAUAAACAACUGGAUUACUCCAAAUCUCCCAAUGGCAAGACGAGGGAAAAAUGGCCUGAACAAAUAUUUAGGCCUACUGUUUUUGCACUGGAGUUUCAAUGAGCAAAGGAAAUUUUAGCUUGUCUUUGUCUCCCAAAGAUGAAAGUGGGAUAUUUUUUCCUUUGGCCAUUAAUGUUCCAGCCAGUGUAAUUGACUAAUUGACACAAGUCACAUUUUGCAUGCACUCUGUUCUAUAAACAGAGUUGAUGUGGUUGUUACACUGUGCUCACCCUGAAGGAUUGGCUACCCAUACCCACUCACCUCGUGAGUUUGAAGAUCUUCAUCUUCACUCACCAGAUGAGUCAAGGGGACUAUCUCCAAAGAGGUUUGUAGUACUCAAUGGGGAUGGAGAGUGAGGAAGAGAAAAAGAAUGAGCACCAUUGAGAAGGCUCUGUCUGUGCUGGGCAGCAGACAGCUGCCAAGGUCACAAACUCUGUGGUGAAAGAAAAGAGUCGUGUGGCAAUUUCAGCUCUUGUUCAUUGGGCAGCUUGCCUAGGCCUGGCCUCUGAGUUGAAAUGUGGGUUGUGUUCUUUGUUCCAUUGCUUUUCUAUGCCACAGACAGUAUCUUUGUUCUUGGAGAGGUCAUUAUUUUUUUAAUGAGAAAGGGAUUUUUGAAGGAUUCUGUCAUAUAACUUUGAAAAAGAAAAACAGUAAUACAUAUAUUUUUAUAUAUGUUCACUGACACUAAAAAGUGUUGGGGGGAGCUUCAAUCUGUCCUUUGGAUAUUUGCUGAGAUGAUUGUCCAGGUUGAGAAAUAAUAUGCUGAUGCUAGAGUCCCUCUCUGCCAUACUCUACUUCUAAAUACAUAUAUGCAUAUAUAGCAAGAAGUAUUCUAUUUGUACUUCAAGAGAAAAUAGGUCCACCAUCCACAUGAUACUGACACUACACAAAUGACAUAAAUUUAAGCAUCAAGUAGCUUUUAAGUGCUCAUUUCAUUAGGCACAGCACAGGCAUGGCCUUGCCCUCUUUUCUCCUUUGAUAUUCAACACAGCACAAAAGACCAGGCCACUCCCUCUACCCUAUCCCAGUCUUGUGCUACAGGGUUGUACUUCAUGAGACUCUCUUCAGACAGCCCAAUAACUAUCCCUGCAUGGUCCCUGCAUGGCCCUGGGAAAACAAUAGGUUGACUACUAGUUGUCAUAUACCAGUUGCCUAAGUAAGAGAGUACUGGGCCAACGGAGUGACCUUCAUGCUCAACCACCUAUAGGGGUCAUGGAAAUCAGGGAUGCUAAAACAUAGGAUCCAAUCCCAAACUUAAGUCAAAAUAAGCCAUUUAGCAUGUGCAAUUUCUUCUAAAAGGAAGUUUCUACCCCCACUGCCUUUUAUAGGCAGGUCUACUCUCACCACAAUCUCUUUGAAAAAUCUUUGAAAGCAGUUUAAAAAAAAAGACAAAGAGAUGAAAACAUCACAUUAUGUAACCAAAGAUUACACUGUAUCUGCUAAGAUACCAAAUUUUUUAAGGGCAGGGAAGGAACAAGAAUUAGUGCCUCUUUGGUAAGCUAUCCAAAGACAGACUAAAGGACUUUGCUGGUGACUGACUUAUAAGAGUUCUGUGGGGUUACCCCCCACACAAUAUAUACAUUUAGAAGAGUGGAAGAUAAUUUUGAAAAAAAAUGGGAUUAUGGGUCCUUCACUAAGUGAUUUUUAUAAGCAGAACUAGCUUUCCUUUUCUCUAGUAGUUGCUGAGCAAAUUCUUAAAGCUCCAUCAUUACAUGAUUGGAAAUGGAGCUGUCUUGGCCACUGUAUUUUCUAGUGCCGAUGUUAGCAUAUCUGAAGAGGUCAAGCCCUUACUGAGAAGGGGAGCAUAUAAAGGACUAGAUUUUGCACUAGAGGGGACAGCAGGCAGAAAUUCUCAUUUCUGCCCACUUUGAAUGGCACAAAAAAGUUCUCUGCAUUUUAAGGCAGAAGGUUGAAAUAUAUUGUAAAUGAGUAUUUGUAUCCAUGUUUUCAAAACUGAAUUAUAUAUAUAUAGAUAUAAUGUGUUAUAGCUUUAUCUUUCUCUGCACCUUUAUAUUUGGUUCCAGGUCAUAAUUGAUACCAUGUACUUGUGAGAGAAGCCACAGCUACAUCUUGGAAGCUCUCUCAGAAUUGAAAAGACACCUGGGUUGAUCAGAUAACUAAAAGAUAUCUGCUUCUAUUGAGGCCAGACCCACAGGCCUUGCAAAGGAGCUGAGGGGGGAAAAGGGUAGGGUACAUGAUGUAUUGCACUUUACUAGCCCAAGACAGAUGAAUGUGUAAAGGGUGGCGAAGUCUCAUUGGAACUUAUUGGGAUUUACCAUGGAGAAGGCCCAGACUUCCGGCCAAAGGCCAACGCAAAUAAUUAGCCAGUGGCCCUCUAAUGGGACCUGUGCAGUUGGAAGAAGGAAGGGUACUUUUUGUUCAUUGCCAUCCUUGUGAGAAAAGGGCAGUUUCCUGCACUUGGGAACCUGGAGCAAGUGCUCCAUUUCAAACAAUUCACUCACCUGCGAUUGAGGUGCUCUUGCUACUGGGUGUCUAUGUGCUCUAAUUCUGGUUUUGGAUAUGUUCUGUAAAGAUUUUGACAAUGAAAAUGUGUUUUUCUCUGUUAAAAAUUAUUAAUGUAUUAGAAGUAGUAUCUCUGUAGGUACAGGUCCAUCUCUGCCCACAGGUAGGGAUGUUUUUCUUCAAUUAAGAGAUUGACACUGGGGUCUGUUGCCCAGAGCCUCCCAAUUCUUAACCAUUUCUAGGUGAAGGCAGAAAAAUCCACAUUAGUCACUUCUCUUCAGAUACUUCAGCUGAGGUAAAAACAAAACAAAACAAAACAAAACAAAAACAAAAACAAAAAACAAAAAAAAACCACUUGGAAUGUUCCCCCCCCCCAAAAAAAUGAGUGGUAAAAAAUUUAACAGUUAGAGUCUUAAAGGGAAAAAUAGCUUUUGACUCAGCUUUGACCCCCUAUUAGAUUUGGCCAGGAAACAGGUAAUAUGCAUCGAUUGGUUUCCAGCCCUAAUUCAGUAUAGCAGAGGUGCUGGUUCUCUUCCUUAUGCUACUUCUCUCUUAGCUUUUUAUGGAAUUAAAUGACAAGCUCUGGUCUCAGUAGCCCUGUGACCUAAAACAGUUCCCAUAUGCACUAUUUAACAAGGCUAUCAUGAGCUACAGAUUCCACUGGCCACACACCAAAGACUUGUCCUUACACACGUCCCGAAGGAAAGACAAUUCUGAAAUGCUGCUGUUUCUCUGGUGGUGCCCUCUCGGGCCGAUGUUUCACAUUUUGGAACUCUGUUUCCUGCACAGCAUAUAGGCCGGCCUGCAGUCUCUUCCAACUUUAGCCCUUGGUGCUAAUUGUCCUGCAGUGAAGUGCCUGUGGGAUUGCCCUAUCCCAUAAGCCACUCAGGUGCUGAGAGUAGCCACCAUCGGGAUGACUCAAGCUUAAAAAAAAAAAAAAAGUCCCCUCACCACUCAGUGACACCUUUCUGCUUUCCCCUAGAGUGGAACAUUGAUUAGGGAGUGCCUUGGACAUAACAUUCUUAUGCUGUCCUUCAGAUUAAUUUGGCAGCAGGAGGGAGCAGACUAUGUAACCAGAUGUAAGAACUAAUUUUAAUGUUGAGUGAUAAAAAUUAAAGAAAUCAUAUAAAGAUUUUUAAGGAAACAUUAAUUUUGCUUGAAUCUUCUUUUGAUGGGGCUUCAGUUCUCACAGAAGUACUUGGCCUGCACUGGGCAGCAGGACCAGCCCCAAACGCUAGUGUUCUAUUCUCUUUUUGUAAUCUUGGAAUCUUUUGUUGCUCUAAAUACAAUUAAAAAUGGCAGAAACUUGUUUGUUGGAA